AUGCGUUCGUCAUCAUCAUUGUCGUCCACCACUCAAAUAUCACAACAGCAAAAAGACCAACGUAAAUCAACAAAAACUGACUAUAAUGAAAAUAGUGCAAUAGUUUUUAUCAAACGUGCUCUCACACCACGAGCCACAUGGACGCACAAGGAAGAAUUUUUGGAUGCUGUGUAUUGGCUUCGUCAAAUAAUAAGUAUUUUUCUUGGAGUUAUUAUGGGUUUAUUGUCAGUUAAAGGUUUAUUAGGAAUAUUAGCAUUUGGUUUAAUAAGUUCUUUGAUUAUAUUUUUCUACUCAACUUCUAUACAACAUGUUGAUCCAGAGGAGUAUGGAGGAAUACUUGAAGUAAUUAAAGAAGGAUUUAUGACUGCAUUUGCCACAUUUCUCGUAGGUUUCGCCGGAUGCAUGGCAACUAAUCUGUCUCAUAAGAAGAAAAAGGCCUUUAUAGGCAUGCCAUCGCCGUUGGGCUAUGUGCCGGGGCUUGGUCGGGGAGCAACAGGUUUUACAACACGGUCAGAUAUUGGUCCAGCAAGAGAAUCAGGUGAUAUCAGCGAUGAACGACACGCUCCACCACAAGCCAUCCAAAAACGGCGAGGAGACGAUGAUGAUGACGAUGAUGAAGAUUUGAAUGAUGCAAAUUGGGAUGAGGAAUUUGGUUAUGGUGGAAGUUUGUUUAAAAAUGAUCCGUAUGAGAAAGACGAUGAAGAGGCCGAUCAAAUUUACGAUUCAAUUGAUAAACGUAUGGAUGAGAAACGAAAGGAAAGAAGAGAACGACGUUUUAAAGAAGAAAUUGAAAAAUAUCGUCAAGAACGUCCGAAAAUUCAGCAACAAUUUAGUGAUUUAAAACGUAAACUGGCUGAUGUGUCACAAGAAGAAUGGUUAAAUUUACCCGAAGUUGGUGAUGUUAGAAAUAAACGACAACGAAAUGCAAGAUCGGAAAAAUAUACGCCUGUACCAGACUCUCUCAUUGCUAAAGCUGUUUCGGCGACCGAUCAAGUAGGUGUUUUAGAUUCUCGAGAGCAAAAGUAUGGUGGUUUUACAACUCCUUAUGGUACUCAAACACCUGCCAGUGGUCUCUCAACUCCUUCAGCUGAUAUUGAUAUGGAAAAAAUAGGUCAAGCACGAAAUACCUUUAUAACUAUGAGACUGAUCCAGGCGUCCGAUUCUGUUAGUGGUCAAACUGUUGUUGAUCCAAAAGGUUAUUUGACCGACAUGGCAUCAAUGUUACCAUCGUAUGGUGGUGAUAUAAACGAUGUAAAAAAAGCACGUUUACUAUUGAAAAGUGUUCGAGAAACAAAUCCAUCGCAUCCACCAGCAUGGGUGGCAUCAGCUCGUUUAGAAGAAGUGGUAGGAAAAGUACAAGCGGCAAGAAAUUUAAUUAUGCGUGGUACAGAGCAUUGUCCAAAAAGUGAAGAUGUCUGGUUAGAAGCCGCAAGAUUAAUGCCAAUUGACGCAGCUAAAGGAAUUGUCACACAUGCUGUUCGUCACUUACCACAAUCUGUCAAAAUCUGGGUGAAAGCAGCCGAUUUAGAAACAGAAGUUAAAGGGAAAAAACAAGUAUUAAGAAGAGCAUUAGAACAAGUACCCAAUUCUGUACGUUUAUGGAAAGCUGCUGUUGAAUUAGAAGAUGAAGAUGAUGCAAGAAUUAUGUUGAGCCGAGCUUUAUGGUUAGCACUUGCCCGUUUAGAAACAUACGAAAAUGCUCGUCGUGUUUUGAACAAAGCUCGUGAGAAUAUCCCAACCGAUCGCCAAAUAUGGAUCAUGGCAGCGAAAUUAGAAGAAGCAAAUGGAAAUCAAACAAUGGUUGAUCGUCUGAUUGACAGAGCUCUGACAUCGUUACGUGCUAAUAUGGUCGAGAUUAAUCGUGAACAUUGGUUGAAAGAUGCAGUUGAUUGCGAAAAGGCACAAGCCGUCCAUACGUGUCAGGCGCUUAUCCGCGGUGUCAUUGGUAUUGGUAUCGACGACGAAGAUCAGAUUGAUACCUGGAUAGAAGACGCACAAACGUGUGAAAAAGAAGGUGCAUUUGAAUGCUCACGUGCAAUAUAUACACAUGCAUUAAGCGUUUAUCCACAACGAAAAAAUUUAUGGCUGGAAGCAGCUGAUUUUGAGAAGAAGCAUGGCACAAAGGAACAACUGGAGUCAUUAUUAAUAAAAGCCGUGCAGAACAGUCCGAAAGCCGAAGUUUUGUGGCUCAUGUUAGCCAAAUCCAAAUGGCUAGGUGGCAAUGUGCCAGAAGCUAGACAAAUAUUGGCAAAUGCGUUUCAGGCUAAUUCCAAUUCUGAAGAAAUCUGGUUAGCUGCUGUUAAGUUAGAAUCUGAGAACAAUGAACAUGAGCGUGCUCGUCGUCUUUUAACAAAAGCUCGUACAAAUGCACCUACUGCUCGUGUUUUUAUGAAAUCUGUACGUCUCGAGUGGUGUCUAGGCGAUCUGCCACGUGCAUUACAAUUACUGGAUGAAGCAUUAAAAACGUACAGUGAUUUUCCAAAAUUAUGGAUGAUGAAAGCACAAAUCUAUGCGCAAAUGGACACUAUUGAUCAAGCACGUGAGGCUUAUAAUGAUGGUCUAAAAAAAUGUCCAACAAGUGUACCACUUUGGAUAUUACUAACAAAUUUAGAAGUGCAAAAUCAACAACUAAUACGAGCUAGAGCCAAUUUAGAAAAAGCAAGGUUAAGAAAUUCACAAACACCCGAAUUAUGGUUAGAAUCAGUUAGAUUGGAAAUGAAGGCAGGCAAUCGACAGCAAGCAAUGGCCAUGUUGGCAAGAGGUAUGCAAGAAUGUCCUACAUCCGGAAUACUGUGGGCAGAAGCCAUUUUUCUUGAACCACGCCCACAACGAAAAUCAAAAAGUGUUGAUGCUUUAAAAAAAUGUGAACAUGAUCCAAACGUUUUGUUAGCCGUUUCGAAAUUGUUUUGGUGCGAACGUCGUCUAGAUAAAGCACGUGAAUGGUUUAAUCGUACAGUGAAAUUAGAGACGGAUUUUGGUGAUUCAUGGGCAUACUAUUAUAAAUUUGAACUAAUGCAUGGUAAAGAGGAACAACAACUAGAAGUGAAGCAACGAUGUCAGCAAUAUGAACCGAGACAUGGUGAACAAUGGUGUCAAAUUUCAAAAGAUGUUAGAUAUUGGAAAUUGAAGACGGGAGAUAUAUUAGAAAAAGUAGCACAACAGUUACAAGUUCCAACUUAG